AUGCCGGCUUACCACUCCAUCUUCCUGGAGGACCGCGAUGUCCCCGUCAUAGGUACGCUGCCCCUCCGCCAACGGCUGCCUCCAUGCAAUGCAUCUCCGAUCAACUCGGCCCGGCCAGCAAUGCUGACGAUGUCUUGUUCCAGGAAACUUCCCUAUCCUGCCUCUGCGCACUCGCACCCGUGGUCCUGCGUAUACUCUGCCCGCGCUCCCCCUAACACCGCCGACAUCGAUGUCGCCCCCGACAGCGAAUCCUACGACUGUGUAGAUGAGAUCCUGUCCCUCUUUCGCGCCAAUGUGCUGUUUCGCAACUUCGAGAUCAACGGCCCGGCCGACCGCAUGCUUAUCUACGGAACCCUGUUCAUCAGCGAGUGUCUCGGGAAGGUGAAGCCAACGAUGGCUGCCCGAGAUGCGGAGAAGGCCCUGAUCAAUGCUGCGCUUGACAAUUUUGCCAUCCCUGGUGAUGUAUCAUUCCCUCUGAACCAGGCCUUUGAGCCCCCGCGCGACCGCCAGGAUGCGGAGAGCCUCCGACAAUAUAUUUCGCAGGUGCGGCAGGAAAUUGCCGUGCGGCUACACGCGAGAUUAUACCCUGGUGGAGAAGGACCUUCCAAGUUCUGGUUGAGCUUCACAAAGAGAAAGUUCAUGGGAAAAAGUCUAUAG